UGGUGCUUAGAGGGAAACAAAUAUGGCAUGAGGGUGCUAAGAGGGAGAAGAACAUGGCACAAGGGUGCUGAGAAGAACAACAACAUAAGGGUGCUGAGAAGGGGAAAAUCAGGACAUUGAGUGGAAGGAGAAUAUAAACGUUCUGUGAGUGAGAAGAACAUGAGGGUGCUGAGAGGAAGAAGAACACGAAGGUGCCGAGAGGGAAGAGAACAUGCAGGAGGCGCAGGAUAUUCUACAUGGAUGAUGUCACAUUGUACAUUGGUAAAGCCAUGAAUAAUAUUAAGGUAGAGAAUAUCAAAAGAGAAGAAGAAAAGUAUUCGAGUGGUGUCCAAGAGUAUAAAAAAGAAGAAACAUCUACAGAUAUCAGCACAGAUGGGACCAGUAACAGGAAUACCCCAGAGAGAUGUCCCCGUCCUCUUUAUUCCCAGGAUCACACAGAGGAGAAUAACAGCGUUCCACAGGAGGGUCAGGAAUACCUGUCUGAUCUUAAAGUAGAAGAUAUAAAAGUGGAAGAAGAGACGUAUGUGAGGAGUGAUCAGCAGUGUAAGGAGGAGGAAAUCCCUACAGAUAUCAGCACAGAUGGAGCCAGUAACAGAAAUACCCCAGAGAGAUUUCCCCGUCCUCUUUAUUCCCAGGAUGAUACAGAGGAGAAUCACUGUGUCCCACAGGAGGGUCAGGGUAAAGAUCUAAUACUUAUUAAAGUAGAAGAUAUAAAAGAGGAAAAGGAGACGUAUGUGAUGGGUGAUCAGCAGUGUAAGGAGGAGGAAAUCCCUACAGAUAUCAGCACAGGUGGACUGAACAGCAGUAUAACCUCAGCGGGACAGCACGUGUUAUCGCCUGGUUGUGACAUCACACGAGAUUCUGCAGGAGAAAGCCCCAUUACCCCAAGUAUAAAUCCAGUACCUCACAGAGCAGAUAUAUCAUCCGGUCCCUCUAAUCACGGAGGAUGUUCCAAUAACUCAGAUGCCGUUACACUUGUUAACAAUCACACAGGGGAUCGACUAUUUUCCUGUUCUGAGUGUGGGAAAUGUUUUACAAAGAAAGCAAAUCUUACAGCACAUCGGAGAACUCACACAGGUGAGAAGCCGUUUUCAUGUUCUGGUUGUGGGAAAUGUUUUACAAAGAAAGCAAAUCUCAUUAGACACGAGAGAACUCACACAGACGAGAAGCCAUUUCAGUGUCCUGACUGUGGCAAAUGUUUUACACAGAAGUCAGAUCUUGGUAUUCACCAGAGAAUCCACAAGGGUGAAAAGCCAUUUUCCUGUUCUGAAUGUGGGAAAUGUUUUACACAGAAAUCAAAUCUUAUUAACCAUCAAAGGAUCCACCCUGGUGAGACUUCAUUUCCAUGCUCUGAAUGUGAUAAAUGUUUUAUUCUGAAAUCACAUCUUAUUAAUCAUCAACAGAUCCACACGGGCGAGACGCCAUUGUCAUGCUCUGAGUGUGGGAAGUCUUUCACAUUUAAAUCCAAUCUUACCCGGCAUCAGAGAGUUCACACAUUGGAGAAACGGUUUCCAUGUCUUGAGUGUGGACAAUGUUUUAGGUGGAAAUCAAGUUUGAUUGAUCAUCAAAGCGUUCACAAGGAUGAAAAGUUUCGAUGUCCUGAUUGCCCUAAGUGUUUUAUCCGUAAAUCCACUCUUGUUAAACACCACAGAAUUCACACGGGUCAGAAGCCGUUUCCGUGUUCUGAGUGUGGAAAAUGUUUUACACGGAAAGGGGUUCUUAUUAUACAUCAGAGAAGUCACACAGGUGAGAGGGCAUUUUCAUGCUCUGAGUGUGGGAAAUGUUUUAUAGAGAAAUCAAAGCUUAUUAAUCAUCAAAGAAUUCACACGGGCGAGAUGCCAUUUUCAUGCUGUGAGUGUGGGAAGUCUUUCACAAUUAAAUCAAAUCUUAUCCGACAUCAGAGAGUUCACACAGGGGAGAAGCCAUUUUCAUGUUUAGAGUGCGGACAAUGUUUUACGUGGAAAUCUAGUCUGAUUGAUCAUCAGUGCGUUCACAAGGACAAAAAGAAGUUUCAGUGCCCUGAUUGCCCUAAAUGUUUUAUCCGUAAAUCCAGUCUUGUUAAACACCACCAAAUUCACACAGGUGAGAAACUGUUUCCAUGUUCUGAGUGUGGGAAAUGUUUUACAAUUAAAUCACAUCUUGUCAUACAUCAGAGAACUCACACAGGUGAGAAGCCAUUUCCAUGUUCUGAGUGUGGGAAAUGUUUUACACGGAAAUCAAAUCUUGUUCUACAUCAGAGAGUUCACACAGGUGAGAGGCCGUAUCCGUGUACUGACUGUGGGAAAUAUUUUGCACAGAAGUCAGAUCUUAGUAAGCAUCAGAGAACUCACACAGGUGAGAAGCCAUUUUCUUGUUCUGAGUGUGGGAAAUGUUUUACGCAGAAAACAGAUCUCGUCAGGCAUCAUAGACUUCAUACAGGUAAAAAAGCCAUUAUAGCACACUGAUGAUGUUAGUUUGACACAGAAGACAGGUCUUCCUAGCAAUGAAAUUGUAAGAUUUGGGUCAAAAAGCCCUUCUGCUCCAAGUGUGGGAGGCCUUUGACAGUUAAAUCUUAUCCAGCAUCAGAGAGAUCACAUGGGUGAGAAGCAGUUUCCCUGUUGUGAGUGUGGGAAAUGUUUUCCCCAGAAGUCACAUUUUCAACAUCCGUGAAUUCACAGCCCUUAAGCAAGUGUAAUAUCUGCUUGCAUUUUAGUGGAAGGUAUAAUAAGCAAAAUAAAUUUUAUUUAUAUUAUUACCGUCCGUAAAAUGGGCGCUUCUGGGUGUCAACUCGGCGGCCACCUUGAGAGCGCAUGCAAGAAACCCAUUACAUAGGAGCACCAGGGUAUGCAGCCAUGCUUCCAUAGUUUUAUGAGGUGUUCACAUGAAGAAGGGACGCCUGUACGUAGGUGUUGCAGCUGCAAAGUGGGCUGUGCGAUUUAUACUCAUGAAGCCAUAUAGAUGCAUUAGCAUAAGGUAGUAAGUCUGGCUACCACAACUGUCUGAUCUUGUGGCCACUUUGUGUCCAUCCCAGAAUUAGGGAGAUUGUCAUAUUCCUAUUCAUCAUUGAGUCCUUAGUUGACUUUGAUUUUACAAGAUGAUAUUGACUGGUCAUCAACCUUAUCUUGAAGAUGGUCACCAUGAAGUAUUUGUAUUUCUUGUUAUGUAUUGCUUUCUAAAUGUGUCAUUAUUGUAUUUGGCAAGGUACACGGCGUUGACUCUUGAGACUAAUAAUAAAGAAAUGUAUAUAAAAAAUGUACUGUUAUUAUACAAAAACACUCUUUGUAAAUGUGGCAGCGAGCUGGUGUAUGUGGGAGGUCCGUAACAUGUGUCUGAAAUCCUGCAGACCCGUGUUCAAAUGUCUCGCCAUAGUGUGCCAACUGUACCUUCCCUUUUCCUGUGUCUCUUAGUCCUCUUGUGACCCGUAACGACAUAUAUAUCCAUUCAAACAAAGACUCUACUGCUGCCUUCCUGGUCUUGUUCUCAUUUUGUACCAGGGCUCAAGACACCAGCGGCCCACCUUGGUUUUUCUGGAACACUAUGGACACGCAGCAAUGUUCCACCACCCAUCACAAGAUAGGCUGCCCAUGAAUCCGUUGUCUCCUGGUACUACUUGAGGCACGGACUCCAGGACCUGCUGCCAUAUUAUGUGAAAGAUUUCAAUCCAGCUUUCAUGUAGCGGUUACAAAAAUUCCCAGUACAUUGCUGGGUAUCAAGUCCUGGACAGCUAAUGGUCUGAUUCAGAGAUGGCACAGCUGCUGCGUCUUGUUCACAGAUUGGCUAAUGCCUGCAGGAGACAUCUGUAAUAAAAAGACACCACCUGCCAGCAUCUCAGAUCCAAUGCUUGCAAUCCGAUGGUCGUGAUGGCUGCAGCACAGGUGACCUGAUAGAGCCUAGACUUACUCAGAAUGGCCACUUCCUGCACACUUGCGAGGCCACUAAAUCUGUGGUAGAAGACUGACCUGGCGUCACCACUCCCCAAAAAUGAACACCUCCCUAGAUACACCCCAACUGAUGGGUUGAUAGAGCCCGUCCUGUCACAUGAUUUAAUAAAACGUUAUAUUAAUUUAA